AUGCAAAAACCGAAAUGUUGGGGACUUUCGACUUGCAGGUUUGAGAACAAACACGCAAGGACUGGUUAUGUCUUGAACCAGAGAAAAGUUAAACUAAAAAACAAGCUACGUGAUGAGGAUAAUUUUGACUGUGAACGUCAGCUGAACAGUUGGAGAGCCACAUGUCCGACUUGCCAGAAAACAUUCAAACAAAGUAUUCCAUUACCUGAAAAUGAUUUCGUUUCCGUUAAUCAGACGAACCCACGUUCUUUGAAUCAUAAUUUGCAACCUCCCUCUGGUUGUAACCUAAUACUCAAACACGAGCAUUCCACUGCUUCUGUACACCACUCUUUGACUGACAGCGGAAUUUUCGUGAGUGCCGAUUCUAGUUUCACCGAACAAAGAAUGAAGCACGAAACAGAUUCCCCCAAUUUCAGUCACAUUCCACUGAGCACUGAACCGCCUCCAUCACCAGCACCUCCACCGGGGCUGGUAGUCCCACACAUGUAUAGUACGACACGUCCUACAUAUCUCACUGCACCUUGGACUCCCAUAUUAGCGAAUAUCAACCAACCCUAUAAUGACCUUGGAUCCUAUGAACCUACAGUCCCACCGGCAAUGUUUCCCAUCUUUAAUAUAUUUCAGUCAGUCGAGACGCCUUCAUCAGUAGCAUCAUUAUCUUCAUCCAGCACGGCAUCUCUAAACACCCAACCUGCAGCUGAAGACGAAUCAUCGCGAAGCUCAUCCACCCCAUACCCAAAUGAUACCGUUUUUUCUCAGUCAAACGUAGAAACAAUAGAAUCUGAAAGGAAGGUAGAUAAAGUGUGUUCGACCUCACAACAACAUAUCAGACUACUUGAACAAAGCUUCUGUGCACAAACUGGACGAAACAUUCCGACACUCACUGUGGCGAAAUGCGUGCAAAACUUGCGACAAAACCUGAUCAUUUUGGCCGAGGCUAAGAAGGUGAUCAAUCGACAGAUGGAAUUGCUUCGGGAGUCUUACAUGGAGAUGACCAAAGGUCAGUUGUCCUCGAAAUCACUUCACUCUAUUGCUGCUUCCUCAUCCAUCAGUGAACCGAAAUUUGGCCGUUGGUACAGUCUACAAACACUACAAGGAAGCCUACCUGGUGUUCAGCAUGAAACGGAAUUUGAUAUUCUGCAAAAUUUGUUCGACCUGACUCUCACAAGUUGA